AAAUGAACCUGGAGGCAGAGACGUAUCUAUUUGUAUUGAAGGAAUGUCAGCUGAUAUACGUUAAAAAGAAAAACUGAACAAGGGGGCCCAACGACAAUAUCAUUUCUAAUCUAUGAUCGAAUCUCUCCGUCGUCAAUUUUGUUUCUUGGGAGAGAGGAAGGAAGACUUGUAAUCUGGAUCUGAACCUCUUCCAUCUCCUUCUCUCAGAGUUUCGAAGCUCUUUAAGAAGAUCACAUAAGAGCCACUGAUUGAUUUGCUUGCGCCUAGUUUUUGCAGCUUUUAGUUGAUUCUCUCUUUAAACCAUGGGAGAGUGGGUCAUUGGAGCUUUGAUCAAUAUUUUUGGAAGCGUUGCUAUUAAUUUCGGCACUAACCUUCUCAAAUUGGGACAUAACGAGAGAGAAAGGCUAGCUUUACAGGAUAACAGUGGUGGUGGAAAGACGCCGUUGAAGCCCAUUAUACAUUUUCAGACAUGGAGAGUUGGGAUCCUUGUCUUUCUUCUUGGGAAUUGCCUCAAUUUCAUUUCCUUUGGUUAUGCUGCUCAGUCUCUUCUAGCAGCUCUUGGUUCCAUUCAGUUCGUAUCCAACAUAGCCUUUGCUUAUGUUGUACUGAACAAAAUGGUCACCGUUAAAGUACUUGUUGCUACGGCCUUUAUUGUUCUUGGAAACGUUUUCCUUGUAGCUUUUGGUAAUCACCAGUCUCCAGUUUUCACACCAGAACAGUUGGCAGAGAAAUACAGCAAUCUGACAUUCUUGGUCUACUGUGGGAUUUUGAUUAUAAUCGUAGCUGUAAACCAUUUCCUCUGUAGGAAAGGAGAAGUGUUGUUGAUAUCUGUACCUGGACAAGAGAUUAGCUCCUAUUGGAAACUGUUGCUUCCUUUCUCAUAUGCUGUGGUCUCCGGCGCUAUAGGAUCAUGUUCCGUUUUAUUCGCCAAGUCACUCUCAAACUUGCUGAGGUUGGCCAUGUCUAGUAGCUAUCAACUGCAUAGCUGGUUCACAUACUCUAUGCUUCUUUUAUUUCUUAGUACAGCUGGAUUCUGGAUGACAAGAUUGAAUGAAGGGUUGUUUCUUUAUGAUGCAAUUCUCAUAGUUCCAAUGUUUCAGAUUGCUUGGACUUUCUUUUCCAUCUGUACUGGAUUCAUCUACUUUCAAGAGUUUCAGGUCUUCGACGCGUUAAGAACAACAAUGUUCAUAUUAGGAAUGAUGUGCGUGUUCAUAGGCAUAUCGUUACUAGCACCUGAUGAUACAAGAGGCAACGAGACAAAAGACAGUACAUUAUCUCUGGACUCAAUAGUGUCCUCGGAAGAGGACAGGUUGAUACCACAAUCAUUUGAAGAUGGACAUAGCAAAGACACAAGAGUAGCUGUACAAGGAAUGUAUAUGAAAGCAGCUGAUCUAAUUUCCAAAACAAAGGCUGCUUGUUUAACGGCAUUGGGCUUUGGUGAAGACUCUAUCAACGCAUCUGCUAUUCUUGUGAUGCCAAUGGUAUCUUCCAAGAUUACAGGGUUUAGAGGAAACGGGCUCGAGAGGGCUAAGAUAUUGUCCAUGAGAGGAGGAUCAGGAUGGAGCAAACUAGCCAUGCAAGAAGAAGGAACAAGAAUGCUUGAAAAGACAUCUCAUCAUCACCCUUCAAAGGCUUAA